CAAGAAUUGCCCAUCUUCUUCAUCACCCAUUCAAUUUCAACCUGGGUUUCUUUCCUCUCCCCUUAACCCACUACCAGAAAUUUAAUCUACAUCAAAUCAUUUUUUUCCCAUUGAUAAAUCUCUUAUUAAACAUUUUCAAAUUAUUAUGCUAAUCUACAAUAAUAUCAUACACAUUUCUUUCAAAAAAGAAAAAAAGAAAAAAAAAAAGAGAGAGAGAGAUUCCUUUAAGAGAACCCAAUCUGGGUUCUCUAGAACCGCUUGAGAGGAGGAGAAGGAGAGGAUAGAGAGAGAGAAAGGAGGAUGAGCAAACAAAACUGACAGGGAAGGCAUUUCCACUUGUUUCCGAAGCUCUGCCCCUCGGAAACCAUCAAAUCACCUCCAACUCCGCCCACCAGAAAGAGGUCUCUCGUGAUCACGGUAUCGUUGUUCUUACCACCACUCUUAAUCUUCAGAAUGUCAAAACGAAAAGUGAAGGCAUCCCCACUGGCGCGUGCCGAGGAAGACUCCUCCGUCUAAGCUUCUAAAUACAUUUUGUACAUCUGCUCAACGACUGAAAGGUGAAAAUGACUACAUAUGUUUUAGAUUUCAAACUUCAUAAAGGCUGUCUACUGAGCUUGGUUCUGGUUACAGCUAUAGUUUGCUUCACGGUUUUGAGAGAGGAAGGGAAGGAUAUGGCAACUCAAAAGGGGAUUAAACCAUACUCAUGGACUGAGUUUCUCCAAAUGGGAAAGGAAUAUCCACAGGAGAUUUUUCCACUGCAAUCUUUCAAGUCAACAUCUGCACUAUUAUGUACACAAGUGGCACCAGUGGAGAUCCAACAGAUGACAGUGGACGAUCGGUUUCUAUCAUUUCUGCCUCUUGCUCAUAUCCUUGACGGUGUCGUUGAAGAAUAUUUUUUCCGUAAGGGUGCAUCCGUUGGCUACUACCAUGGGGAUUUGAAGGAGUUGCGGGUUGAUAGUGGAGUUGAGACCAACAUUUCUCGCUGGUGUACCCCGAGUUAAUGAUACAAUUUAUGAAAGUAUGCCAAGAAUCAGUCAUUAGAAAACUUUCAUCAAUUAAUUGAUUUCGAGUGACAAUGAUUGAACCCUUUAAUCCAUUGAGACUCACAUUUUUUCAAGUAUUAAAAAGGCUCUAGAUGAACUCAAUCCAAUAAGAAGGCGUAUCUUUG